AUGAAGUUCCUCUCGCUUAUUCUUGCUGUUCUUUUCGUUAUGAUGGCAUCAGUUGUGCAAUCCUUUAAUGUUCCACCAACCGGAUUGUGCUAUGUUCCACCAGGAGGAGAUUGCUACAGAUGUGAUUGCAAGAAACCAGCCACUUGCUACAAGGGAACUUGCCGUUAG